UCUAUCUCCUCUUGUUUCCCCGUCCCCUGUUCUCACCAAACUCUCAAAGCUCUUCUCUUCUCUUCUCUCUCUAACACAUGAGAGAACAAAAUCAUCAGCUAACAAUCUCAGCCGUUGAUUAUAUAGCCGCCACCGUAGCAGAAGAUGGAGAACACUCAAGAUUUCUCGCCGCCGCACAUGGAUGCUUCUCGGCCGUCACUAGGAUUCCCUCUAGGCACAGCUCUGCUUCUUAUCAUCAUCUUCAGCCUCUCCGGAAUAUUCUCUUGCUGUUACCAUUGGGACAAACAUCGUUCUCUCCGCCGCUCUUUAGCCAAUGCCUCCACCCGUCCCUCCGCCUCCGACAUCGAGUCUAAUCCUUACAAACCUAAACCCCCUUUUCCGGAAAUGAAGAAGCCACAGAAUCUGAGCGUACCGGUACUAAUGCCUGGAGACAAUACACCCAAAUUCAUAGCAUUGCCUUGUCCUUGCGCACCGCCUCGUCCGGAUAAAGUCACCGUCGAUGUUCAGACUCCACCGCAAUCACCGCCUGUCAAGCCGCCGCGCCUUCCUGUUCCUUUGUAUUAGAUUUAAUUAGCUCUAAGAAAUAUCUCGUUUUGAUGUACAUAUGGAAUCAUAAAUUUUACAUUUUCAUUUUUUUUUAUCACAGAUUAUUUAUUUUUGUACUCAGUUGGUAACAAAAUGGAGUGGUCUUAUUGUGCAACAAAAAAAACAAAACACAGAAUGACAUGUUUAUUAACUAAAACAACA